AACAUGUAGGCUGUGUUGUUAGUCCAAAGAAGAAGAGUGAUAUCCGGUCUUCGGCGUUGGACUUCAGUCAGAUUCUUCAGAUCGUCGCUUCAUUUUCUGUCAUAUUUUCAUGCUUUAGUCGUUAAAGAAGAUCUUUUCGCAGCCAACAUAAUUUUUGUAGGCGAUUCUGCUUCCGUGGCUUGUAAUUUUUGCGUCUUUUUUUUCUGAUUUGUACGGAGAUAAAUUAUAAGAUAUUGCCGUGUCCUUGCAGUUCUACUGUAGAUCUACGAUGAUCACCAGAAGAAGAGGCCGCGUCAUGAACAACACUCAGUCUCUUGAGGUUGAAGUGAUGGAUGCAGUGGAAACUGUAGAAGAUCUCCCCAGUCCUACUGAAAGCUUCCUGGCUGAGGAGAUUGACGCCAGUGGAGCCGUGCUUGAUGACCUGUUUGGGAUCGAAGACAUGGCAUGGACUCUUGAAAGAGACUCAAUGUCUCCCAUCCUUGAUAUGGAGCUUGCUGAUCUUGGCAUGUACUACGGCAAGGAACAAGAUUCUGGGUUCGACGCUUCUACAGCCUCAUCUCCAGAGAGAAUGGAAUAUGAUUUAAAGAACAAGAACAGGCGUAGCCACGCAAGCUGCCCGAGCAACAAAAACGCCAUCGCUGCCAGAAUGAACCGUCUUAAGAAGAAAGAGUACGUCAACAGCCUGGAGAGGAAAGUUAGCGUCCUGUCAUCUGAAAACAACACCCUCAAACAGGAAAAUUCUCAGAUGACCAAGAGAGUGGAGGAACUGGAAGAUGAGACCAGGUACCUGAGAGCUGUGCUGGCCAAUGAGAGCAUGUUAGCCCAGCUCUUGUCCAGACUGAGCGGUGUGAAUGGGAUGAAAUUAUCUUCCUCGCUUUUCCAGGGGCCCGGCGAAAACGACCACGACUACGCCUUACCCAGGAAGCGUGUGAAAGUGGAGGAGAAAGAGACAUCCGGUGGUGUGUGUCUGCACGUGGACAAGAACCACGUCUCUGUGGAGUUCUGCACCAAGUGUGCACAGAGUGCGAGCACGUCGCUCAAAAUGUAGGGUCAAGUACUAAUCUGUUUUCAGAAUUUGAGACUGAACUUUCUUGAAGGUGGAUGAACACUGUUAGCUAAAAUUACCUAAGAACUGCUGAAUGUGCAUGUGCAUUUUUGUGUGAUGAUGGUUUGAGUACACGUUACUGCUAAACCUUGUUGACAGUUUCUUCUAGGUAAUGGUUGAUCCUCCAUGGGGGCUGAGUGGCUUCUGAACACCUUUACCUGCUUGACUCCAUGGUAAGGAUCAGUCAAGACAAGACUUCUUUUGUUGAUGAUUUUCACAGGCUUGAAAGCGUCCUGCAGCGACCUUUUGUAACUCCAGUUUUUAUUCAGUUCUUGUUUCCAGUUAGUCGAUGUUAAGUACUUUAUUUCCUUUGUUAAUGGUUUGUUUAAAGGAAAUUGUUUAAUUUUAGUCAACAUGUCACUAAGUUGAAACAAAGUAUCCUGAACGCUAAGAUGUUAAGAUAAAGGUGAAGGUCCACAAAGAGUGGGAAAAAAACGUAAAUACACAAAUGGGAAAGCAGUAAUCUGUGGGGGGGGGGGGUAAAUAAGCAUAUUCUGUUUUGGUCAGAACUGAGCUCUUUGUGAACUUGCACCACUGUACAAAAGGAUAAUUUCAUUUAGCACCACCUAUUUUUCUUUAUGCUGAAGUGGAUUCUGCUGGUGGAAGGCGAAGAGGCUGGACAAGCUGCUGCCAACGUGGCCUGGUAUUUUUUUAAAGGUAGUAUCGGUAUCAAACGGUAUAAGUGGCUUUUAUUUCACCAAAACUCCACACCAGUAGCUGUAGUUGUUUUUGCAGUUUUUGGACGGCCAACUGCAGCUGCUCCUGUUUAUAUUUGGAGCAACGCUACCUGAAGCUAAAUUGUCACAGAACUUUGUCUUGUAUAUAUUUACAUGUAAAAAAAAAAAAAUUACACACAUCUGCUUUAAGUGAUGAAACUGAUCAUUUAAGUGUGACAAAAUGUAAAUGUGUAUAUAUUAUAUAACUCUUGGAUACAUAUUGUUUGAAGUAAAUGGCCUCUGAGAAAUGUUGGAUCAAAUAAAUCAUAUUUUCAUUAA